GGUUGAAGAUUUGAAUAUAGGAGAAACUGUUGACACAUGUUAUCUCCUUGAUUUUGUUGGGCCUAAAGGAUUCACUGUGGAACUAUCUAAGGUAUUUAACAGGGUUAUAGUGUUCGACCACAGUAAAUUGACAAUGUCCAAGGUUCCCUCCAAUGAGGAAUGUCCAGAUAACUUAGAGUUGAAUAUCAAUGUACAUGAGAGUAGUUCCGAAGCUGUUUAUAAUUACUUCUCGAACAAACUAUUGGAUACAAACUGUACUGUCUGUACACUUGUUAGAAAUGAAGAUAAGGACCGUAUUGAAACACUACUUAAGUACAUUGAAGAUGGUGAGCUGAACAAAUGGAACUUACCUGAUACUAGAGCGUUUGAUAUCAGUUUGAAAGUAGAGCGGCGGAAGCUGAAUUGCAUUACUAAUCCAUACAUGUUUGAUCAGGUUUAGUUUCU